GUAUCAUGCAGCGCAGCCAAUGAUGCGCUGAGUGUGUUAAUAAGGAAGUGAAGCUGAAGGCGUCACUCUGCUGUUCAAACUGACUGACAGUCGACAUCCAGACAACAUGAAGGCUUCAUCUGUGUCUCUGCUGCUCGGUGUGUCCGUGCUGCUGCAGCUGUCUGGGCUGACUGUUCCUGCAGAUUCUCAGGUUAUUCUGGAGAUUCCUACACUUCCUGUGGUGACAGGAAGUGAUGUCACUCUGUGCUGUAGCAGCAAAGAUCAGGUCGCACUCGAAGCCUUUUUCUUCAGGGAUGGUUCUAAACUUGGAUCUGGACCUAAAGGACAGUUUACCAUCAGGAACAUCAGUCAGUCUGAUGAAGGUCUCUACUGGUGUUACUUUGAUAAGACUGAAGAAUCUCCUCGGAGAUGGCUGAGCGUCAGAGAUGAUGAUGCUCAGGUUAUUCUGGAGAUCCAAGCUUUACCUGUGGUGGCAGGAAGUGAUGUCACUCUGCGCUGUAGAAACAAAGAUCUGGUCGCACUUGAAGCCUUUUUCAUCAGGAAUGGUUCUAAACUUGGAUCUGGACCUGAAGGACAGUUUACCAUCAGGAACUUCCAACAGUCUGAUGAAGGUCUCUACUCGUGUUAUAAUAAUAAGUCUGGUGAAUCUCCUCGGAGACGGCUCAAGAUCACAGAUUCUCAGGUUAUUCUGGAGAUUCCUACACUUCCUGUGGUGACAGGAAGUGAUGUCACUCUGCGCUGUAGAAGCAAAGAUCAGGUCGCACUAGAAGCCUUUUUCUUCAGGAAUGGUUCUAAACUUGGAUCUGGACCUGAAGGACAGUUUACCAUCAGGAACAUCAAUCAGUCUGAUGAAGGUUUCUACUGGUGUUAUUUUGAUCAGACUGCUGAAUCUCCUCAGAUAUGGCUGAGCGUCAGAGGUCCUCCUGUUCCUCUUCCUUCUGCUCCCUCUGCUCCUUCUCCUUCUCCUCCUCCCCUUCUUUCUGCUCCUCCUUCCUCUCCUCCUCCUUCUCCUCCUCCUCCUCCUCCCUCAGCCUCCUCCCCUCUCUCCCUUCCCCUCCUUGUUGGAGCCGCUGUGGGUUCUCUGGUUCUCCUGGUUCUGGUCCUGGUUGGAGUUCUGUGGCUCUGCAGGAAUCAAACAGGAAGAAAAACUUCAUCUGCUCCUGCAGAAGUGACCUAUGCUGAUGUCACCGUGAGACAGAAAACCAAUAGGAGAGAGAAACGUUCUGCAGAUCCAGAUACUCUCUACUCUGGUGUGAGGACACACACUGCAGGUCCUUCUGAGGUCACAUAUGGUCACGUUGUCAUCAGGUCUCAGAGGACAGCUGGAACAAGGACUGGUCAGCUGUCUGAUCCAGAUGUUGUGUACUCUUCAGUGAGAGCAGAUGCUACCGGGAAGGGAACCACCUCAGGAGCAGCAAGCACUCUACCACUGGCCAAGUCACUGCCUAAAAUGAAAGACACACCUUCAAAAGGAAUAUAGGGACAAAGAGCAACAACAACCUCCCCAGACACCAAAGCAGUUUGAAGGAAACUGAAGACGGAUCUUCAGAUGGACAGUUUCAUCUUUAUUUUACUGGUCAAUUGUUUUCUGUAUUUCAUACUUUAAUGUUCAUGUUUUCUUUUUUAAUCCCUCCCCCCAAAAUGAAUUUGCUUCAGUUUUUUAACAAUAAACAUAGUAGGUAGAAAAUA